GCGUUCAACGACAUUUGUGGAAAGGAAAAUCCUCAACAGCAACGCAAUCCACAGGCAAAAGUUAGAAGAUUUACUCCACUCGUUUCAGGACCAUUAGCUUUCGGCAAGCGUGAUGGCGAUGACGCAAAGAUAGUGCUUCCGGGACUGGGAACUUUCGGUGUGGGCGAUGUGAAGAGCAGUAUUGCGAAAUUUAUUCCAGCUGGAAUGAGCGGUCAAAUACCGAACGGUGGCACAUUCGAGUUAGCGGAUAAGCCGAAUCUCGGUUACAUGGACAGAGAGACAACGGCUGGAAAGACAAGCGGGUCCACAAGCAAGGUUCGAAUCGUUCGAAAGACAUUUGACCACCUGUUUCCAUUCAUGCAGUUGCCACCGUUGAAAAGCGACGGCACACCAGACUAUUCGUACACAGCGGUCGAUCCGAAGCUGGGCGACGCCUUGUACCCUAAACCGAAUUCGUACACGGAAGAAGCCGAGAAGCUGCUCGAAGUGAAUCCGCCUCCCCCGAAAACACCAUUCACGAAGGUAUGGGCUCAGCACUCCUUCCAAGGUCCAUUGAUCUAUUGCUUUAUUGUUUUUGUACUGCCACUGACCAAGUUGGGAUUGUCUCAAAAAGAAGUCUAUUCGCUUUGUUCCAGAUUUGCCCCAGUCGCUGCCAAGCACUGCUAUGGCACCAAAGUAGAAGAGCGGUUCUUGGAGAAAUGUCGUGGAUACAAUGAAGAUUGCUCGUCAUUUUUUGCUCAGGACCGACCUCUUGGAGCAAUUGCGAAUGCAUUCUCGUCGGGUGUUGGUCUAACUUAUUAUACAUGGGACGUAAACGGAAUUCCGUACUAUCCAGUGAACGAGGAAGGGUCAAUCGGUAACGGACACAACGCAAGGAUCGACUUUGGCUCGUGGGGAGGUGGCUACUCGGACAACUUAGGCGUGAGGGAUUUUUGGUCGCAGACUCAGGAAUACGGAGGAAAUUGGUAUGAAGGAACCUAUGGAUAUAAGACUGGUUGGAGCGUUCCUCUAGUGCAGAGCGCUGGAGUUGAAGGUGGCAGUGGAACUCAGGUAAACAUACCUAUCAAGGAAGGGGAACUCGGUCGUCCCAUCAUGGUCACUAACGGCUACCACGUCGGACCGUAUUUCGGUACCGCUGAUCGCGUCGGUGUUGACUGGUACAAUGGUGGAGUUUCGUGGAACAGGGGUGUGGCGAGUCCUUUUGUCGGAGUCGGCGUCAACACAGGCACCUCCAUUGGGUUUCCAUCCGUUGCAACGUUUAUGAACCAAAUGGGGAUCACCGAUGUGAACCAGUUAUCCCAAAUUUUAGCCGCCGGAGUCAGAAUACAUGAAACCAGUGUAAUGUAG